CCUAUUCAAACAUCCUUUCAAUGUAUCACGACGCAAAUAUCGGUUCAGAGAAGACGCAGCCACCGGGCGGGAUGAGAAGUGGACUUGUUUCGGUGCAGAGCGAGCGAGCGAGCGAACUGAAAUUUGACAUAGCAGGAAACCAGCGACGACAAAAUUACAUGGAAACAUGCCUCCCCCCUUUGUGUGAUUAGACGGAUCUAUGCCGCUACAUAUUCAUACCUUUGUUAUCAAAUACAUUUUAGCAUAUUUUAUUAAUAAUCGCUGGCGCCACUCUUGGUAAUGUGUGACAUAUUUGGAUAGUUUGGGCUGGAGUGGUGACGCUAGCUGGUUAGCAGCGUUAGCUCGGAGGCUAGCUCUGUGCUUUGUGUUGAUGCUUUUGAAAGAGGUUUGCAUAUUCAUAUUAGCGAGCAGAGCAGCGGCGGCACUCGGUGCUUUCUGACCUGCUUUUUGUUGUAAACCACCCGAGACACACAGACGUAUCUGCGGUUUCUUUUAUAAAGUGUGUGGUUGAGCAAGGCGUGAUAGUGUAGCGGAGUAGGGCUUUUUCUCUGCCAGUCUUUUGUGCUCGGUGCAUUGGAGCUACAGUAGCCUGUUGUGUUAUUCAUGCGGGCCUGCCUUAACCAGAGUGCGGACUUCAGCAUAAUACCACUGCCGAUGAGGGACUGGAGCCCAACCGGUGCGCCACGAUUAUUGGAAGCAAACGCAGAUGAUGUGAUAUUUUUAUGAACUCAGACGAUCAAAAGUCAGAUUUACAUAUCGCACCCAAGCCUGGUUUAAAACCUCCCUCUCUUUAGAAUGAAAGGGCUUUUACUUUAAGAUGUUUGCUAAAUAUUAAUCCCUACUUGGGUUUAGCAUUUACUUUAAUUUCUUAAUUCAUGUCAUUAUCAUAAUAAUCUGUCAUUAGUCAAUUGUCAUUCAAGGAGGAGUUGUGACCACAUGGGAGGUCUGAUGCACACAAAUUUCAUCACAUUAUUUAAUUACAUUAUUUUUUGUCAUUUUUGUAAUGAUCAAGGUUAAUUUUACUAGGGGUAUUUAAUGGAUUAUAUUUGGUUACAACUUGAUUCGAGCAAACUUGUCUUCUCAUGUUUGUGUUUGAAUGUCAUUGUAGUGCAUGUUGCACAUCCUGACUUGGGAAAUACAUGCAAACAUAUUAUAAAAUAUUCUUCUUCAGGCCAUGAGUUUCCUCCUUGCUUCUAUCAGGAUACAGUGUUGUGCACUUUACAUUUUAAGUUCACUCCUUGUUCCUUUUUGUGGUACCAUAAUAGCGUCAUAAGCUUAAAAUACAACAUCUUUCAUGACACUAUAUUAACACAAUUGUUGUCCGUAUUAAUGUUGUUGAGGUGUGUCUAUUUUGUUUCUAAUUAUUUUUAGAGCUUCCUUUGAGAAAUAUGUUUUAAGCAGCCAGAGUCCCAUUGAAGAUGCUUUACAGCUGUUAUUGCAAGUUAUGGUGUAGAAUGUAGAUCUUUACUAAUUAUCUUUGGCUUGAGAUUUUAAUUUCACGUCACCUCUGAGUAUUUUGAAAAACUACCUGGUCCUUCGUUGUUGCAGCAGGGUUUUUUGUGGUCCUCCCCUCUGCUGAAUACAAAGAUUGUACCUGUGUAUCCCCUGGGGCUCAGGGAGGGGUAGUGAGGCCCACUUCCGGAAGGCCACAAUAAUAACAGGCAGGACAUUCUUACCAUUCAGUGGUUUCAUGACUGGGCAAGACUCAGCUUGAUGGCAUUGUUUGCCAUUUAGUUUUGAGGCUGCCUGUCUGGACUCUAGUCUGCUGGGAAAGCACUUGCUGUGCCUGCAAUGGAAGUUUUAAUCCACCAAGUGUAGACAUAACAUGUGCAUACUAUCCGAGGCCUAUUUUGUAAAAACAUUUUAUGAACCCCAACUGUUCUGGUUGCAGGGAGAAACGCUGUAGGGAACUAAGGUCUGUCUUUGCAAGUCAAAACAGGACAGAUAUAACUCCUGCUCAUGUUUUUGCUCGACUUGUUUUAAUAAUUAAAUUCAGUUAAAUCCAUUUGUGCUGUUUUGUUACAUCCACAUGGCCUUCCAGAUCUACUAUAUCAUUAUUGUUAUCAAAUACACUCUGAGCUAGUGAUAGGUUUACAGUUCUAAUUGAUAUCUCUAACCCAUUAGAACUCUAAUGGAUAGAAUGCUUGGCAUUUUAGCUAAGCAUUCAGGAGUAUUGUCUCAGUGCAAGUUGUUGUUGUUGUUGUUUAAAAAAAACUACACUACAUCCAGCCUGAGCCAUAGGGGGCGGUAUGGAUGCUGGUUAACAGAAACAUGGCUAUUCUACUUCUAGAAUUGUUAAAUAUAUUGUUUAUUGGAGUUGUAGUUUUCUUUUGAUAGUCGAUAGUCACUGGUGUAUUAUAUCAAUGAAUACUGUUGUUUUAAUGUGCCUGAAACGUUAAUAAAAACGACACGCGAUCAAUUUUCAAUGAUAGUUUUUUUGUCAAGCUACUAUUUUUAAGGUAAUAUGCAACCAUUUUUUUUGUUGUUGAUAGAUUAAUAUAGUUAACAUAAGCACAAUAGUAAGAUAUCGCUGCACAAUUUUGGGUGUCUGCUCUCCUGAAAGUUUUAUUGUAUUAAAUAUUUCUGUUGAAGUUCAGUCUCUUAAUACAUCCUUUUUUUCUUAAUACGUUUUUUAUUAGUCUUUUAUAUCAUAUCGCCUCAUAACAUCCGUUGUCCACAUUAAACAAAGAAACUUUGUGCUUAAGAUAAAAAGUCCUGGUUGAAAAAAGAAAAAAGGGGUCGGGAGUGUACCAUCCCAAACCUUGACUUGAUGAGGAAUAAAUCUUAGAGACUACAUACAUUUGUUCAGCCCAUAUUCUUGUCUAGUAGUUCCAACAUGAAUAUUCAUUAAUGUAAACAUACUUGCUAUGAAUAAUGCAUCAUCUGCUGUAAUAAAUGCAAGACAUGCCAUCUGAAGUAGUGAGAAGGCUGCCAUGAAGGCUCCACUCAGACAAGGUUUGCCAGCGUGGAUGGCAGCAAAUCGCAAGUUAUAAGGGCUUUACAGUUUAUUUUGCACAAAUAACUUGUCUUGGACAAUCCGUUGUUUGUGGACUGAGUGACAAAACAUGGUGAAGCUUUAUUUUCCCAUGAUAUGACACUAAGAGUCACAGUCAAAUGCUAAAAAAUGAAAAACACACAAUUUAGAGACACAUUGGCCAGAACAAAAGGAACAUAUGCAAUUAACAGUCAUAAAUAUCUUUCUUUACCUUCAUUUUGUGCGACACACGCAUGCAAUAUGUAAAAAUAAUCUUGAUCUCAAUGUUCCCAGAAGGGAUUUCAUAGCCAAUUAAUUGGUUACGGGUAUUGGUACCGUUUGAUGAAGUACUGUCUGACUGAGUUCAUUAUUUUGUAGUGGUACUUGAACCAUAUUUUAGUCACUCUAUUUUUCAUACAUCAAUCAAUAAAUCCGUGAACCGGUGUAAGUCUUCAUUCUGUUCCUUUUUGGAACCAUUCUCUCAUAGAAACAUGCAUUCUGUGCAAGUUGUAUUCCCAGAUUGAAUAAUGAAAUUAUCCAUUUAAUUUCUUUUACUGGUAACAUGAGGUGCGGAACGUAUUUGAUUUGGACAAAAGCAAAUAUGAUAUUUCCUCAGUCUCAUUUUGUGGAAGUAUAUAUGAUUAACAAAGUAAGGAAAUUUGCUGUAGACAUUUCUAGUUGACUAUGGCUGGCUUGUUUACCUUGCAAGCCCGCGAGAAGUCUGUGUAGAAUUUCAUGAAUUUUUGGAUGAAUCCAAUCCUUGGUUCUUUUAAAACCUAAUAUUUGAGCCAGUGUCUUAAACUAUUUUGUUAGUGAGUCCCAAAGACAGGCUGUUUGAUGUGCUCUGUGUGUGUGUGUGUUUUGGCCAGUGAGGUGGAAGAAAGGUAGUUGAGGAGACUGUGGAUGUGCUAAUUAAGUUUAGUCCUGUCUCGUGUUGAAUCUCUCCACUCACAUUAACUCCUCUCCGCUGUGAAGGCAGCCUUCUCUUAUAACGUUGCUAAUGAGAAAACUGUUUAACAUUCUUCAUGCAGGGUAGUUUUCUGAUGCAUUGUUCCACGGCAGGGUUGGGUGAAAGUGUUGGCCUGAGUAUCACUGUCAAAUUCUUUGGUGAUAAACUGUCUUUGUGUUUCGCUCUGCAAUGUUUUUCUGUUUGAGAUUUUUUGUUAAAUUGCAUUAAUUUAUUGUUACUAGACAUGCAUUCCUCUCAAUAAUGCAAUGUCCCUUGAGCUUUUUCAAUCUCUUUUGACAAAGACACCUUAUUUUUCAAUAGUAUUAUGGGAAUAGCAUUAUGGUCUUUGUACAAUGUGUCGUCUGAAGUCAGUUGUGUUCAUUAUUCACAACGCUGUAAUGAAAUUGUGACAGGACAGAAAGGCAUAUAACCAAGAUGAUGUUUGUUGUUGUAUGGUUUGAUUUUGUUUAAUCUUAUGCUGCUACGAGAAAUCAACUGUCUUCUGAAAGUAUGCAGAUAUUUUGUCUGGAUGUACUGUUGAGACUAUAGUGGUGGAAUUUGAUUUUCCUAUAUCUAAAUAAUCCAUCGAGCUAUUGAUGGAUUACAUAGUUAUUACAGUUAUUGCAUACUUGAUGUUUACUUGGUGAUUACAUCGGAGACAUGUUAAGAAUGGUCAGGUACAAAGGUUUGUUUGUUUCACAACGUUUUCUUGUAAAAGCCUACUGUGACUUCAUUGUGUUUUGGUUUCUAAUCAGCUGGUAUGCAAAGCCGUUUGUUAUGCAGAGGGGGUGUAAAAGUUGUUUUGAGUUUCAGGCAGACGAACUUUCGGUGGAAACAUUUGUUAAUCCAAGUACCCAGCAGACAACAACAUGGCCGUUCAGAUUCACCGGACACAUGAGCUGCCGAGGCGUUGCCCUGCUGUAUUAAGUCUCUGAGCAUGUUUAAACUGAAUUUGAAAAGGCUCCAAAAUGAAAUACUAAUGGAAUGUAAAGCUAAUUUAAAUAUGCUAAUCCCCAAACACUUUGUAAACAUAGACAUCAACCUGCAACCCACCCACUCCCAGCGCCGCUCACUGUGGAAUGCUUUAGCCACAGGGGGUCUCUCAGUAAUGGAAGGCUUGUGAUGGAUUAACGUGGAGUUAUUUAUUUCCGAUUCAGCGCACCCCCCCUUCUCCGCCUCCCACUCACAACAUAGACCCCUCCGCCCCACCCCGUCUUUUCCUCAGUCAGGCCCUGUCUCCGUGGCUGCAGGAGGAACGCAACAAGUCUGAGACUUCCUAUUAAGUCUUUGUGUAACACACUCUGUCUACCGACUACUGUCCUCACACUGCAUUCAGGGGCUUCUCUGGCACUUUACCUGCUCUUGGCUAAUUAAUUUUUUAGACAUGCACUCUGGCAAUAAUUGGUGGGGGGCUGCUGCGUCCCCCUCCUGUCUGCUGCAAUAAGUACUAGUUUGAGCACUUUUCGCCGUCGUCCUUAUUCCCCCCAUUUUUUUUUAUCGUCCUCCAAAAGCCAUCCAAUUAAUAUGCAAAUGAGCUGAUAAAUAUUUAUAGGGCUUUAAAUUAUGCAGAAAGCUUUCAUUUCAUCCCAGUGCGAAAUGCGUUGCUCGCAGGACUUCAAAGCCUUGCAUUGCUAACGAGGCAGGGGGAGAUUUGCAUACGACUUUAAUCAGCUGAAUACUGAUUAUGCUUCAUUACUGAGUUGGAGGAGGGAGAAGAGUUGGAGGAGGCUGCCAGCUGCACUUGUCGUUUGUUUCAUUCCAGCAUGAGAGAAGAGGGCAAACUUUUUUUUCUCUCUCUGAAGUACAGACUAUCUUGGCACACAAGAGAGAACAGAGGAGGGAGGGAAAGACGGAGAGCACUGUAAAGAGGGAGAGAGAGAGAGAGAGGGGCAGAGCUAUAAGAAAAGACUUGAGUUAGAGCAAAGAGUAGAAGCCUGAAACCUGUUGGCUUUCGCAGUGUCCGUAUCCUGGUGUUAUCCAUUCAACCGUGGGUUUGGACAGCUCUGGUGUGUCUGUGUGAAGCUCUUGCUUUGCAUUGAACUCUGCUCGCUGUCCAGUGGAGAGUGAAGCGAGGGAGAAGUGGGUGGAGUGCUAGACUCCCCGCCGGUGGGUUUGCCCAGCAGAAGCAAUUCCACUUGAUAGGCUCGGCAAUCAUGCGGGAAAACACAGGUGGAGCAAAAGCGGAUGUUAAAGUGAAUAAUCAGUCAGAAACUACUAAAUGUGCAAUGGAGAGUGGUGACAGUAACACCGGAAUCCCUAUUAAUGGACUGGACUUUCACAGGCAGUCGGUGCCGACCACAAGUGCAAUCACCAAUGCGCACGCACAAGCCCUGCUCCAUCAGCCUAAGUCUGAAGAGUCAAGCGCUGUUCCCGCCUCUGUCCAGCAGAGUGUUUUGCCUCAAACUCAGCUCAUGUUGGCCGGGGGACAGCUAGCAGGAUUGACCCUGACCCCAGCACAGCAGCAGCUGUUGAUCCAGCAAGCCCAAGCUCAGCUCCUGGCUGCAGCCGUGCAGCACUCAGCCAGCCAGCAGAACAGCACCACUGGGGCCAGUAUCUCCGCUUCUGCAGCCACCCCCAUCACCCAGCUUCCCCUUUCGCAGCCCAUCCAGAUUGCCCCUCAGAUACAGCAGCAGAAUCUCAGCCUGCCCCAGUUUGUCCUGGUACAACCUGGCCACCACAUCGCCACGCCCCUACAGCCCACUCAAUUCAUCAUUUCGCAGACUCCACAGACCCAGCAGAGCAUCUUGCAAGCCCAAGGUCUUCUUACUCAACUACCUCAAAGCCAAGCUAACCUCCUGCCGACUCAACCAAGCAUAAACCUUGCAACUCAACCUGCGACUCCCACCCGCACAACAGCAGCCACUCCUAUUCAAACCCUGCCCCACAGUCAGACCCCUCCCAAGCGGUUGGAUACCCCGACUCUGGAGGAGCCCAGCGAUCUGGAGGAACUGGAGCAGUUUGCCAAGACCUUCAAACAGAGACGUAUCAAACUGGGCUUCACACAGGGCGAUGUGGGCUUGGCCAUGGGGAAGUUAUAUGGAAAUGAUUUUAGCCAAACUACUAUAUCUCGUUUUGAGGCCUUGAAUCUGAGCUUUAAGAACAUGUGCAAACUCAAACCGUUGCUGGAGAAGUGGCUCAACGAUGCAGUUUGUGCAGAAAACCUGACAUCAGACCAGGCACUGUCCAGCCCGAGUGCACUGGGCUCUCCAGGCAUGGGCAUCGAGGGGAUCAACCGGAGGCGGAAGAAGAGGACCAGUAUUGAGACCAACAUCCGAGUGGCCUUAGAAAAGAGUUUUCUGGAGCAGAACCAAAAACCUACCUCUGAAGAGAUCACCAUGAUCGCUGACCAGCUCAACAUGGAGAAGGAGGUGAUUCGGGUCUGGUUCUGUAAUCGCCGGCAGAAGGAGAAAAGAAUUAAUCCGCCUAGUAGUGGCAAUAGUGGAGGAGGCAGCACCCCCAUCAAAACCAUCUUCACACCCAGUAGCCCACUGGUGGCCAGCACAGCGAGUCUUGUGAGCAGUCCGACUAUAAACACGUCGACCACACUGACUGUAAACCCAGUGAUGCCUCUCACCAGCACCAGUGUCUCCAAUUUACCCUUCACAGGCGCAACAGUUGGAGCCACAAAUACGGCGUCUGUUAUCUCGACUGCCCCAACAGUCCCAAGCUCACCAUCAAUGAGCCCAUCACCGACGCGCAUCCAGUCCACCACCACGGAGAGCAAAAUUGGCACCCCGGUGCAAACACACGUCACACAAGCGCCAACCUCCAUUGCCACCUCUCUUGGGACGGGUCAGGUGAUGGUGGCAGCCCCUGGGCUGUCAGCAGCCUUGCAGGGGGCAGCACAGUUGCCCACAAGUGCCAGCUUUGCUGCCAUGGCGGCGGCGGCUGGACUCAACCCAGGACUCAUGGCCUCCUCCCAGUUUGCGUCCGGCGGGGCUCUGCUAAGUCUGGCUCCUAGUGCCCUCGGCAGUGCGUUGAGUCCGGCCCUGAUGAGCAACAGCACCCUGGCUACCAUUCAAGCUUUGGCAUCAAGCGGCACAAUUCCAAUUACGUCUCUGGAAGGCGGAAACCUGUUGUUUGCCAACGCCUCCGCUGGUAACGCCGCUAACCUGGUGACCACGCCCCUUUUCCUCAACCCUCAGAAUCUGUCGCUGCUAACCAGCAACCCUGUCAGCCUGGUGUCGGCCGGCGCUGGGGGGCUGCAAGUCACCGCCGACGCUCAUCAUCAAGCCACUUCGGCUGCCGUGCCUGUGCAAGCCACGACCAUUACCACUGCCUCCAAGGCCCAGUGAAGCCGCGUCCAGAACCAACGCCUUAUUCGCUUCGUCGUGCACUACUGUUCUCACACUACGUAGGCGAUAUGGCGGUUGCUUGACACGCUGCCCCGCUUCACCAACCACAUCCCAUUUUAUAACUUAUUAUUUAAUCCCUUUGCUUCCACCAAAAAGAAAACGGCCUCACAUGAGAUGGAGGUUUUUGUUUUUCGGUUUGUCUCUAUUUUUUUGUGUGUGAUUCUUAAACCGUAGCCGGAGGAAGCAAUGAUGGUUCCUCAUGAACAAAUGUCCAGGAACUUCCUGGUACCAUCAAGCGGUCCCCAUUUUGUAUAUACUAUCUAUCCUAUUUCCAGCUCAGAGUUGUCUCUGAAAUACUUCUAACCAAAAAGUUUAGGAUUUUAACUUUUUUUUUUUAAACAUUCAACUAUUUACAACUAUUUUACAAUAUCCGUCAUCACCUAAUGGGGUUUUUGUGUGUAACCCCGUCUUUAAUUAUUUUUCUUUGACAGGCCUUGACGUACUUCAUAUCAAUUUUUUUUUGUUUUUGACACUUUCGUAACUUUGUAAGUCUAAUAUUUUGUUAAGAUAUAACUAUCAUUUCUAAUCGUGGUUAUAAGGCUUUAAUAACAAGUAAUAAGUGGCAGAUAUAAAGGUUAUCAUUGCUUUAAGGACCAGAGGGGCCAGUUCUGUGUCGCUCUGAGUUUCUCCUUCUGGAAACACUGAGUUUUGCAUUUUUGCCUUGGUCGUGACGUCGCCGCUGAUCUUUCGUAGAAGGGUGCGGCUUAUGGACACCGAUCGGAAAAUUACUGAAGACAUUUCAUUAAGAGCUUUACAUGGAGCUGCAGACGUGCGGUGAGAUUGAGGAUUUGUUUUGCUUGUGGGUCUGUUAGGAACGGCAACAACAACUUUUGCCUUCAGAGGAAGACUGGUUAGUUGCCCUUGACAGAUCAAAGGCGAUGCUUGAGGUUCUGUGACAAGAGGACCUGUCGGGUGUGGCCAUCACACCUAGAGUGUGCUGGCAUUGACUUCAUAGGGUUGUUGUGUUUUGAGUUCAUUUUUGUUUCCCUUUCUUUUUAGUGGUAGUACCGUCGUAUCUACUUGUGCACAGUAUCUGUACCAAAAAAUGUAAUGAUGAGCUGCAGUCUGCCUGUUUUGGGAGGAAUGAAAUUCUGUCUUUUUUUUUUUGUCUACAGUCGUUGGACUGGCCUAAGUCCUUUAAGAGAUACCAAAAAUAUUUGUGUGUAGUCAGUGUAGCCUAGUCGUAAUGCAGAUAUUUAUGAGUGCAGCAUCUCUCCUCACUGUCAGCAGAAUAUAGAAAUGCAAUAUUUUAUUGACCAUGAUCCAAAGAUGACUUUUCUUUAAUUUGAUCGAGGGUCUCAUUUCUUCGAAUUGGCAGCACAACUGACCAAAAACAGCAGGACUGGUUGGAGUCUUUCUCACCGUUUUCACCCGUCAGGGCGGCUUUUGUUUUAGGCUUACUGUGGUGGAGGUUUUUGUUUGGUUUGUUUUUUGGUUUUGUACCAAUAUUCAGCCAUAAAAACAACAGCUUGAACCAAAGUGGUUUUCCUCAGAGGAUGCUGUGCCUGUUGGGGCACACAGGUUGCCUGCCCUUGGUAUGAUCUCCGCCUCCCCCACGUGUCUGGCCAGUUCUUCUCCUCCCACUUCACUCCUGAUCAUGGUGCUUCUGGAUGAGGAUCAGGGGAUCGCUAGCUUUAUGAACCUGCUGGUUUUCGAUAGCUUUACUUCAGGAGACUGAAAUGCUCAUCCAUGAGAUGAUGUGACCUUCACAGACCUGCUACUUUAACCCACAUUAUUACCAAAAUAUGUGCUUGAGGAUUCAUCACCUGUACGAUUGUAUCGGCCGACAGUCCCAGAAUUAACUCCCUUGUUUUGACAACCAUCGACAGUGAAAUCUCUUGUGUUCCUUUUUUCUGUUGUUGACUAAUUGUGACUGAAUAUACCUCAGCAGCACUUAAUCUAAGGUUCAGCUUUCAGACAUUUCUGUGCAUAGAACAGUGUAGAAUGUUAAAGUCCUGUCUGGCUUGUCAUUCAAAGUAAAUACUGAUGAACCAAACAUGGGAUACAUACAGUAAAGGACAACCUACUACUGCUAUUUUCUAGUACUACUAUUUAUGGUGUGUUUCCAGGUUUGAUUAUUGUUUAGAAAUCCUUCUUGCCAAAGUAAAAGCCUUUCACUUUGCAGCUGGGCAGGUGUCUGGCUCUUGGUGUCGCUGGUCUCCUUGUCGCUGAUGGGACUCGCUCCCGUCCAAGUGCUGUUCGUAGUUGCUUGCUCGGUGAACCAGCGGAACCAUAGGAUGUUACUGAGAUAUUUAUGAGGAAAGAAUAAUAGAAAUGAGCUUUUCUUGGUUCUAUACAUAUAAAUAUAUAUAUAAACACGUGUAAGAUAUUCAUAUUUUAUAUUGGAACCGGUAUGUUAUCAUGACUGAAUGUAGUGUUUACCAUGCUUACUCCAAAACUUCCCCCCUCUUUUUUCAUUAUAUGUUACAUUUCAAACAAAAGACCAAAAACAAGGAAACCUGUGCGUCUGUGGAGGGGCUCCUCUCUUUAGAAGAGGGCUUCACUGACCAACAGGUUCUGUGGUUGUGAGGAGAAUUGAGUGACGGUUCUAAUGCUGCGUCCACACUACCAUUAUUGCUCUGGGCCCAAUAUUAUCGCCUAAAUUCUAUAACUAAACAAAGAAACUGAAGCUUCAUCUGCUAGUGGUGGAUGGCGCUAGUCUUCCCCUGCAAUACCAAGUCACCCGAGUUAAAACAUUGAAACUCGAAGCUGAGUCUAAUACUGGCUGAGAGAAGUGUGGCAGCAGCAUUCACGUGUCUGGACUUCAUUUGCUGUGCUGUCUUUAACAAUCAUGAUUUAACUUUGUACCUUUCAUGCCUUGAUUUGUUUUGUAUUUUCUGUUUGAGGGCAAGAUCACUGGCUGUUUUUUAUUUGAGAAAACAUUUAUCGUUUAUGCCUUAUGGUUCCGUAGAAGACAAGAGCAUUGUAGCAUUACUGUGUGUGCGCAUGUGUGUGUCAGCUGGAUCCCGGGACGGGGCCGCCUCCCCGGUGCAUCCUGGUCACUGAAACCUUGCUGUGUAUUUUUGGGCAUUUUGGAUUAAUUUCAUUUUUAAAGAAAAAAACUGUUGCUUCGACGUGUGACACGGACAGGUGGAUGGAUACCUGUGAGAAAAGCUUUACUAAUAAUUCCAGCAGGAUUGUGUGUGUGUGUGAGUAUGAAUGAGAGUAUGUUAGGAAGCAAACAGAAGAAGCUGCAUCCAAACUAAAACUAAAAAGGUGUGAGAAGUUACUUUGGCUCCUCCAGGUUGAUUUUACACCACGUGACUCACAAAAUCUUUUUUUUAAUAUAUAAACGCAGCAGUAUCUUCUUUAGACCAGUAGGGGGCAUCAGGGGACCUAGUAAUUCAGCUAUUUUUUAAAAUAUAUAUAUACAGCAUCGAAAUGAUGAGGUCCCACAUUAAAAAUGUAUCGUCAGAGUUCCUCAAACUACAUUAUUAGAUGGUUAAAUAUACAAGCUGUUUUGGGUUAUGCCUUUCUGCUUUAUAUUUUGUCUGAUAUAGGUGGCAAAAACAAAUGUUUCUUCUUAAGUGAAGUGCAGUUACAGAGUAAAAGUCAGACAAACUGAGAAUUUAAACUCGUAAUAAGCUCACAAUAAUUCCAGUGCUAAAAGAGAUUGCUCUAAUGAACAGGUUGAUCCUUUUUGUUGGUUGAAUUGGAGUGUAGUCAGAGGCUAUUUUCUAUUUUUACAGUAGAAGCGGGCAAAAUCUUGAUGGUGGCAGAUGCAUGUGGACAAAAACUGGAGGAAAAGUGAACUAAAUGGAGGUUACUGCCAGGAAAACAGCAGAAGUGAUCCUGAAAAAAGAAAAUCUUAGCACAUUUAUUAUUCUUUUUCAAAAUUGUAUGUUUUUUUUAGUUGUUUUUAUAUUUUUAGUUUUAAAUGUUUCAGUUGUUUUUGUGAGUCGAGUGGUGUAAAAGAGUGACCUUUCAGAUACCGGUUUAUGCUCGCGUAAUUAUCCCACUGCUAACAUCACAGGCUGUAAAUCCACUCUAGACGGUCUUUGACGCGUUGACGCUUCACGUGACCCCAAAUGCACCAGUCGUGUUCUGGUGCGGCCCACACUGGUUUGCUGAUUCUACUCCUUUUUUUUUUUUUUUUUUGCUCUGUUGCGCACCAGAGAAGGCAAACUGUCGUAUA